UGUUCGUUAGGUUAGGAAAUUUGAUAUAUUAUAUUAUACAUUUCUCUUCUUCUCGUGGGCGAUGUGGAGUUUAAAGACCCGAGUACAUUUGUCACUCAGUAGCUUGUCCAGCACUUGGGGUGACAAAACUCUGUCUAGUCCAAAUGAUCGAAUUUGUCAGAUCCGGAUAAAACUAAGCUUGGACAAAAGUUUUAUAUCUAAAAUUUGGGUCUAAACACAAAAAUUUUGUUCGAUUUAAAAUCAGGUCCAGGUCCAAACACAUAAAUCUUGUCCGAAUUUACUUGUCCGAACCCUAAUCCGAAUUAGGUUAUUGUCCGAUUUACUGGUUUAUAGUUAAAUCAAUCCAGAUUUAAUCAAUUAAGUACGUUCGAAAUCCAAUCCGAAUUAAAGUCCGAACAUAUAAAUAUUUCAUAAAUUAUCUGUUGAUGUUCGACCUACAACUAACUACUAUCCGGCACCCACCAAAAUUAAUAUUGAAGAGGCUUGUAGGGGCCUAGUGAAGGACCGGUGUUACACCGGGGGGCCAUUCCACCUCCCGUAAGGGAAAAAAAAAACCUUUUGAAAAGAUUUACUCAUUGACCGCGCUACCUCCACCAACGGACUGACGGAGCCCACGUGUGUAUCACAAGAAGCAUUGAGAAUGGGGGAAAGAACAAGGGUAGACCAUUCUCAUCUAUCAAAGUUGCGGCGGCAAUCUAACACUUGUCUUGAUUCCUGAAUCCUACUAAUGUCCAGCCUCAUUGUCAUCAAAAACCACUGUAAUCUUUCAGCCUCCCCCUUCGUAAAAUCCCUUUUCUUACACUUUUUUUUUUGGGUAUAACCUAUUUCUUACACGAUCCAUAGGCCAUAGCUCCCACCCACAAGCAACGCGAUCCUCUAGUCUACCUAACACCGAAAUCGGCUUUGCCUGGAAGUUGUGUUUCAUAGUAGAUCAAGCUUUUGAUGAUCACUGCAUGAUGCACUAGCGUAUUUCAGAUGGAGGAGGAAAAUUAAUGGCAGUGCUAUUUCUACUUGGAGUGGGCUGCACUGGACUUGAUUUCAGAAGGCAUUCAGAUUUCUGAGUUAAAGUGGUGAAUUUAUUGAUGGGAUCUUGCUACUCAUCCUCAAAAGGGAAGAAGACUAUUGACCCUGAUAUAGUGAGGAAUGGUGCCUCAAACUCCACAAAGAGGCAGAAUAGUAUUGUUUCAUCUUUGUCAGGGAGGUGGAAGAAAAGUAGAGAUAAUGCCGAGGGUGAGCUCCAUUGCAUUCCUGGCAGGAUUUCUACCAAUGGAUCCACUGAAACCUCCUCUUUGUAUACCCAGCAGGGUAAGAAGGGAAUCAAUCAAGAUGCCAUGCUUGUUUGGGAGUGGAAAGCCAGUUCCAGUGGUGAAUGGAGUAUUCCUAAUGGCACUGGAGAUGCUCCUUCCUGUGCGUAUUCUGAUGAAGCUGCAUCUUUGAGAGCAGAUGAAUAUGAGCAUUUGGAGGUUGAAGAAAAUGAAAAACUCCCAGAAAACUAUCUGCCACUUAAAAGGACCAUCUUAGAGGCUUUCAAAUUAAUGGACAAGGAAUUGAAGUUGCAUCCCACUAUUGAUUGCUUCUGCAGUGGAACAACAGCUGUUACUUUGAUAAAGCAGGGACAGGAUAUAGUAAUUUCAAAUGUUGGCGACUCCAGAGCAGUGCUAGCGACAAGAGACAUUGACAAGUCUUUGCUUGCUGUGCAAUUGACCAUAGACUUGAAGCCUGAUCUACCAAGGGAAGCUGCUAGAAUCCAGCAAUGCAAAGGAAGGGUUUUUGCGUUGCAGGAUGAGCCAGAGGUUGCACGUGUAUGGUUGCCCAACAGUGACUCACCUGGUUUGGCAAUGGCUAGAGCUUUUGGGGACUUCUGUCUAAAGGAUUUUGGUUUAAUUUCUGUCCCAGAUAUAUACUAUCACCGCCUCACUGAAAGAGAUGAAUUCAUCAUUCUUGCCACUGAUGGGGUUUGGGAUGUCCUCUCGAAUAAGGAAGCUGUUGAUAUCGUGGCCUCGGCCCCUGGCCACGCAACAGCAGCCAGAGCUCUUGUAGAUUGUGCUGUUCGGGCAUGGCGGCUUAAAUAUCCUACUUCCAAGAACGAUGAUUGUGCUGUUGUGUGCCUCUUUUUUGAAAAUAUAUAUUCAGCCAAUGAGGUUGUAGAAGGCGGUGAUGCAACAAAGGUUCCUGAAGAAUCAAUAGAGAGCGAUAUGGUAACCAAUCAGAAUAUUGGAGGAAUAGAAGGCAGUGAAAGGUCUCAUACUUUUGUUCUUGAGCAUUUAGAUACUUUACUGGCGGCCUCAGAUGAGAUUGUGCCUGUCUCUCAAUCUGUGGAGGACAAGUUUCCCGUGAAAAGCCAGGUCCAUAAGAGGAGCCUGGCUGAAUGUAUUUCAGCUGCCGAGGAUGAGGAAUGGUCGGCCUUGGACGGUCUUACUAGGGUUAAUAGUCUCCUUAGCCUUCCUAGAUUAUUCUCCGGUGACAAAGGAGCUGCCAGUUGGAGGAAGUGGUUUUGAAUAAUCAUUUGUGUAGUGACAACAAAAAGGAACUCCAAAAGUUGGAAGCACUGGAAUUCAAUGACAGUAGGGUUGUACAUGUUUGAGGUUGUUUGCUACAGAUUGAGAGUCGCUCCGCAUCGAACCAUAUAAGCUAAGUUAGCUAACCAUGUUUCAAGACUGAAGUUUCAAUACCAGAAUUAUUUUACUCAAGUGCUGUUGCUGGUUUUGUUACUGCUCUACCCCCAAUGUUAUAUUGUGAUAUAAACUUUCUGGCAGACUUUUCUUUCUUGCCUGCCUUUUUGAUUCAUUUUUGUUUUCAUUUGUUUGUCUUUCGUGGAGCAUGUUUGGCCUUGUAUAUUAUUGGAUGAAGGAAAUUUGUUUACUUUGUGAGGGCA